CUCUCUGUGUACCAGGGUAGUCACAGUCACAGUCCUCCGAGGCCAGACAGCACCAGCACCAUGCCCAUGAUACUGGGUUACUGGGAUAUCCGUGGGUUGUGCCACGCCAUCCGCCUGCUCCUGGAGUACACAGACUCAAGCUAUGAGGAGAAGAGAUACACCAUGGGCGACGCUCCUGAUUAUGACCAAAGCCAGUGGCUGAAUGAGAAGUUCAAGCUGGGCCUGGAUUUCCCCAAUCUGCCCUACUUAAUUGAUGGGUCCCACAAGAUCACCCAGAGCAACGCCAUCCUGCGCUACAUCGCCCGCAAGCACAACCUGUGUGGGGAGACAGAGGAGGAGAGGAUUCGUGUGGACAUUGUGGAGAACCAGACUAUGGACACCCGCAUGCAGCUUGUGAUGGUCUGCUACAGCCCUGAGUUUGAGAAACGGAAGACAGAGUACUUGGAGGGUCUCCCUGAGAAGAUGAAGCUCUACUCUGAGUUCCUGGGAAAGCGGCCAUGGUUUGCAGGGGACAAGAUCACCUAUGUGGAUUUCCUCGCUUAUGAUGUCCUUGGCCAGCAUCAACUGUUUGAGCCCAAGUGCCUGGAUGCGUUUCCCAACCUGAAGGACUUUGUGGCCCGCUUUGAGGCCCUGAAGAAGAUCUCUGCCUACAUCAAAUCCAGCCGCUUCCUUUCAAGGCCAUUGUAUUUGAAGAAAGCCAAGUGGGGUAACAAGUAGGACCCCUUAAUACCAGGGUCAGGAGGAGAUCAAUGGCUGUGCUUGCUGGCCCUUGGCCUGGGGUCCCUAUACCUCUGUGUCAGCCUUCCCAUUCCUUCUCUUCCAUUCUAGUCCUCUCUGAAAGGCCUUAGCGACCCCCCUUUCCACUGACCCUCUCCCAAGUCAUGCUCUGUGACUCCGUGUCCCCAUUCCUUCAGAGCCCCUUCCCCCCUUCCUUGUCUUUGCCCUGGAUCCAAGUAGCUCGAAGCUUUGCUGAGGGUAAUGAAGGGAUGCAUGUGGCGCUGUGGCUCCCCGGCACUUCCAGAGAAACCAGUCCUGCCUAUGUUCACGACUGCCUAUGUGAGGCUGCCCAGCAUCGUCAAAGAGACCAGUUCCUUAAUUUGUAGACCCUAGUCCCCCAAUAUGGGACUGUCCAGCCCUGGUUGAUCCCCAGUAAAGUCUGAAGCACAUU